CCUGUUGCGUCAGUUGGACCGCUUCUACGAGGUCUAACUGAGCACAGAAUUUCCUUUAAACCUGGGAAGUAAAGAAAUUUAAUUGUAAAAAUAUAUAAAAAAUACUUUGUUUAGAAGUUUUGUGUUCCACAGUUGUGACGCCAAGUCUCGGUGAAAAGAAACUAAAUUGGUUUAAAUUCGAUAAUCGUGAAACGGAAUUUCAAAUGCUUGAAAUUUUCUUUUAUUCCCAUCCUUUUAAUUCUAAGAGUGGCAGCAUCAGUAGCAUCAAUAAUAGUCACUUUACUGAAGAUUUAAAAAAUAUCCGUAACCGAAUCGCCCUCUAGCAACUGUUCACAGUGCAAGAAGUAAAACCCCAUAACCAUGCUAAUGAUAUAGCCAAGCAAUAUAUUACACGAUAGUCAGACCAAUAAAUAAAUAUCAUAGCGAACAUUAGAAAGAUCUUCGUCAAACUCGUAACAUUACAGUACAAUUCGAACAAAAAUGCCUUUAUUUUCUUAUAUUUAUUUUUGACAUUCAUUCAUUUUUAACAUGAACAUUUCUGCAAUAAUAUCACGAAACUGAAGGUUUGCGGAAACGCUCUUGAAGAACGCAAGUAUAUUUACUAUGUCUGCUUGAGCCACCCAAAAACGUGACACUCAAUCAAAUAUACAAAAGAUCACCCGACUUUCUGCAAUUCCAUAUUCGUUCGUAAGAAUUUAAUUACGUUUUUUUAUAAAUCAAAUCAUUUUUACUUCGAUUUAAUUCUGAGAUAAAGUGUGUUUUACAGGAAUCUGUCCUCUCAGACGCCAUGACAGCUCCGACGAAUGGAUGGGUGGGGCCCAGCAAGCGGUGGGGCAAGGGGGAGUUCUGGGGUCUGUCCUCGGACUACGACCCUGACUGGGGUCUGAGCGAGCGCCAGAAGAGGCUCAGGGACGACCUCAUUGAGGUCUGCAGGCUCAAGAUCAGACCUCAUGCGGUGCACUGCGACCAGACGUACGACAACACUUCAUAUAAGAUCGUCUCUCAUGUGCACUGCGACCAGAUGUACGACAACAGUCAACAUGAGAUCGUACCUAAGGCGUACUGCGACCAGACGUACGACAACACUUCACAUGAUAUCGUUCCUCAGGUUCACUACGACCAGACGUACGACAACAGACAACAUGAGAUCGUACCUCAGGUGCACUGCGACCAGACGUACGACAACAUUUCACAUGAUUUCGUUCUUCAGGUUCACUCGAUGCACUUGGCGGCGACGUCAGUUUUGCUGUUACGUCACCAUGGCAACAAGCACAUUACCGACCUUCUGCAGCGCCUUGACAAAGAGAGGCUUGUGGGUACCCUCUCGUACUCUGACCCCGCCACUGGCGGCCACUUCUGGUUUCCUUUGUCGUCGAAGUCCCGCUUCGUUGACGAGCACAGCAUUAAACUCCUGAAGUACGGAUCUUGGGCGACAUCCGCUGGCUGUGCAGAUUGGUAUGCUAUCCAGACCGUGUCUCCGGAGUUCAAGAGGAACUAUGCGGAUACAACGUGCUUCCUCAUCUACAAGGACGAAAUACGCGCCAACACCGACGACUGGCAGGCACUCGGCAUGCACGGUAACCAGUCUGGACCGAUGAUCGUCGAGGGCACCUUCAGCACCGACCGCCUCAUCGGACCAUACGGAGACGGCAUCAGGAGCAACGACGAGUGCGUCGACCCCUUCUUCCUGCUGUGCUCCUCCGCGUGCUGGAGCGGCAUCGCGCUCGCCUGCAUCGACCUCACCAAGAAACACGUGACGCGCAAAGCCCACGCCGACAUGGGCAUGAGAGUUUGUGACUACCCCACCAUACAGGUGGGUCUUGGGGGACUUGGGGGACUUGUGGGACUACCCCACCAUACAGGUGGGUGUUGGGGGACUAGUGGGACUUGUGGGACUACCCCACCAUACAGGUGGCACCGGAACUUGGACCACUUGCCCAGAACUGCAUUCCUUUCCUGGCUCCAGCAGCUGAGACUGCGCGCAGCGAGCAAUGUUGAAGAGGUGUCCAAGAUGAUGCUGCAUGCAGCAGGCGGUAGUGGAUACAAGACUGAUCUUGGCCUGGAACGCCUGCUGAGGGACGGCCUGGCAGGCUGGGUUAUGGCGCCCAGUAACGAAGUUCUGCGCCAGGCGAUCGGCAAGAUGAGUCUACUCGGCCCAGACGCAGUCGAUUACUUGGAACAAAAGGUGGACGAGCGCAAGAUCCACCACGAGCUCGGCAAGAUGAGCGUGACGCAGAAGAAGAAAUUGGUGGAGCAGCUGAGCGCCGAGGUGGCGCUGGAGGAGAGCGGGACAUGUCCCAACCAUCCCCACCAGGACCAGGACUUUGAGAAAUGUGACUUGGUCGAGUUCCGGGGUCCCUGUGGGGGCUUCGAGUACGUGCCCAGGAGCUUGGCAGUGCUGACCAUCCUGGCCUCCGGUGGGGGCAUCACCCCGGGCCUGCAACUCAUCCGGUCCAUCAUGGAGGACGCGGAGGACACUACGCGGGUCAAACUCGUCUAUUAUUCGGACAACUACGACGAGAUCCUCUACAGGGAAGAGCUUGAUGGCUACGCCGUCCGGGACGAGCGGCUGAGCAUCGACCACACGCUGGGGGAGGUGCCGGAGAACUGGGAAGAGGGGGAGGGUUUCAUCGACACCGCCCUGCUGAACGCCGCUGUGGACAGGACCGUUCCUUCACAUAAACACAAGAUCGUGCUGUGCGGGGGCCCCACGAUGGUCGUGUCGUGCCUUCACUCGCUGCGCUCACUGGGCGUCUCGUCGGACCAGAUCUUCGUCUACGGCCAGUUUGGGGCCGAGCAGAUGAGGCUCGUCUUUGGCCCCUUCGUCAAACUUGCCACGCACAGAUCCGACCUCGUCCUCUAAACGUCCGACCUCAUCUUCUGAAUGUUGGACCUCGUCUUCUAAAUGUUGGAUCUUGCCUUCUGAAUGUCGGGCCUCGCCCUCUGAAUGUCCGACCUCGUCUUCUGAAUGUUUAACCUCGUCUUCUGAAUGUUUGACCUCGUCUUCUAAAUGUUGGAUCUCGCCCUCUGAACGUCGGACCUCGCUCUCUGAAUUUCUGGCAUCGCCCUCUGAAUGCCGGACCUCGCCCUCUGAAUGUCCGAGCUCGUCUUCUGAAUGUCGGAUCUUGCCCUAUGAAUGUCGGAUCUUGCCCUAUGAAUGUCCGACCUCGUCCUCUGAACGUCGGUCCUCGCCUUUUGAAUGUCGUAUGUCAACCACUGAAUUUCUGACCUCUUCUUCUGAAUUUCGAACGUCAACAUAUGAAUGUGCGACCUUGCUUUCUGAAUGUCGGACCUCACUCUCUGAAUUUCUGACCUCUCCUUCUGAAUGUCGGACGUCGACCUCUGAAUAUGGGACCUCGCCCUCUGAAAGUCGGAUAUCGUCUGUGAAUCUCUUACCUCAUUCUCUGAAUGUCCAGGUUUGUCUUUUGUAUGUUAUCAGGAUUUACUUCGAUGCACGGAGUGAAGAGUCCGGGAAAAUAAUCCACUGAAUAAAUCCUCUGAAUAAUCUACAUUGAACCUCUAAUGAAUAGAUAUUAUGUCAUACUUUUGACAUUUAAAUUUAAAUCGAAUAAAGAAUUCUGUAGGAUGGCUAUGAACAUCGUCUUUAUACUGGCCUACUAUUUUCAAUUGAUUCUCUAUGUUACCGGAAAGAUCCUUUCCGUAUAGACAGACCUCAAUGUAUCUACCUAUAAUAUUCUCUGGCCAUUAACUACACGUGUCUAAACAAGCUUAUUUGCCAUCGAAGACUAACUUUUAUUAAUAUAUAAAAAACAUGACAGUAUGUCAAACUGUUUUAUUGUCCGUAUUAUCCUCCGAACAACUUCUAAUAAUAAAUUCACGUCCUCUCUAAACGAAA